AUGUCUACUCCAAAUCUGCCCAAUAGGCGACGUCCGCAACCUAUGAGCCUCGGGCAGUUUGAUGCAGCACUGCACCAAGUCUGCCAGCUCUACUCCGGUAUUAGCUUUCCUCAGAGAUCUUACACAAAAGCUCGAGUUCUCGGUGUCUACUUCGAGGGAGAUAAAGAUGCAAAUCCCUCGAUCGGAAGUGCUAGUGAUAACAUCUGCGAUAUCUUCGGCAAGAUAUAUGGCUACGAUGCAGUCUCAUUUAUGAUCAAGGACACCGAGUCUGAUCCUGAAGCAUGCUUGGCUUCAGCGCUCAAGGAACUUGUCACGGAUAUGAACGAGAACUGCCUGGCUGUAAUACACUGUAUUGGCCAGGGAAAGCCACUUCCAAACCAUUCACAUGGAAGUGAUGAGCUUCAUCUUGCUCGGUCGCAAUCAGAUAUCAUACGCAAAUCACCUUUACCGGACCCGACCGUUAAUUUCGACCGCCUCAGAUAUAAGAUCCUCGACCCCUCCCCUUCAAAUGUACUUAUUAUUCUCGAUUGCUGCCAUGCGGCUCUCAGCAGGAUGGGGGAAAGACACGAUCUUAUCGCUGCUGGAAGUUUCGGUGACGUUGACGCCCACUGUGUACCCCAUGAAUUCACAGAUAACAUCGUGCAUCAUCUGGAAAAGGCGCAUAACCAGACGCAAAUCCUGAGUGCAUUCGAUAUCUACGACCGACUAGCUACAAGGCAUUUUGUCAUAAAGAAUGGAACGCCAGAUGUGGCAGAUAUGCCAGUUUUCCACCACGACAGCCAAUAUCGUCCGAUUGCCCUGCUGCCUAUGCGGCCCGCUGAUAUCCAUUCAUGGCUUCCAGCCCCUACUCAAGAGUUAAGGCUUCGAAUGGUUAAUGUUAUCUUCUCGGUGAACCUUAGCAACACCGAUAUCCAAACAAUGGGCUCUAUGCAAGGCUGGAAUGGGGGCCGCCGUGAUAGAGCGAGCUCGCACAUCAGAGUUGACCAAUUUUACAAGUCUUCUUCGUCGAUCAUUGUUAUUCUUGCGGCCACCUUUACUAUUUGGUACAAUCUGCCUCAAGAUCCCGCUAUUAGGUUUAUUGGCUUUGAGUAUAAUGAAGGCGCCGCCUCAACAGAUUUUUGGGCUCAGGGGUGA